UUUGUAAUUAUGCAAAAUUAAUAUAUUUUUAUUAUUAUCUAGGGUCACACUAAUAGUGACAGUCUGGCAUCUUCGCUGAAAAUUCAAUAUGACGCGUUAUCGUGAAUGGGAUUUGGCCUGUAAAGUGUAUGUUGGAAACUUAGGAUCAUCGGCGUCAAAAUAUGAGAUCGAAAAUGCCUUUAGCAAAUAUGGUCCAUUGAAAAACGUAUGGAUAGCACGCAAUCCUCCUGGAUUUGCAUUCGUUGAGUUCGAAGAUCGAAGAGACGCAGAGGAUGCUACCCGAGCACUAGAUGGAACGCGUUGUUGUGGCACUCGAAUCCGUGUAGAAAUGUCUUCAGGACGCUCCCGUGAUCGAUCUCGGCGUGGCGCCGCUGAAGGUAGCUCCAGUAGUGGCGGACGCAGUGGAGGACGACUUAGGCUCAAUCCUUCUACUCUUGAACUACCUCCUACUACUACAAGAACAGCAAAAACACCUGUGCGAUUCUUCCAAUCUUCUCUACCAUAAUGCUCACAAGCACAAAAUCAACCAACAAGUUUACAAAUGAUCGCCGAUCCGGAACUUCCGAUGUCUAUAUAAUGCAAAAUUUUUGAAACCAUCAAGAUAUCAGCAUUUCAACCUUGCACAAC